UCCAAGUACAACAACACUCUGUCCCACGUUAUUAGUCUUCUCCAACUCUCUCUCUACCUAACAACCGUUUUCUUCUCACCGGAAAAUCAACACUGAUUUUAGUCUCCGCCGAUUCUUCUCCGAUCCCUCCGCCAUGAGCUCCGGCGAACUCCUCCAGAUACAUCCUCAAGAGCUACAGUUUCCCUUUGAAUUGAGGAAGCAGAUCUCAUGCUCUUUGCAAUUAUCUAACAAGUCAGAUAACUAUAUAGCUUUCAAGGUUAAGACUACAAAUCCAAAGAAGUAUUGUGUUAGGCCUAACAAUGGAGUUGUGUUGCCUAGGUCUACUUGUGAUGUUACAGUUACAAUGCAAGGCCAAAAGGAGGCACCUCCUGACAUGCAAUGCAAAGAUAAGUUUCUCCUUCAAAGCGUAGUUGCAAGCCCUGGAGCAACGACGAAAGAUAUCACUCCGGAAAUGUUUAAUAGAGAGUCCGGCUAUGAAGUUGAUGAGCGCAAGUUGAGAGUUGUCUAUGUUGCUCCUCCUCAACCACCAUCCCCAGUUCGUGAAGGAUCUGAUGAAGAUUCGUCUCCUCGAGCAUCUGUAUCAGAAAAUGGCCAUUCAAGUGCUGUGGAAUUUCAGGCUUCGAAAGCUUUCAACGAACGGGUUGAACAGAAGGAUGCUUCAUUUCAGGCAAGAACGCUUACUUCAAAGGUGAUUGAGGAGAGGAAUUCUGUUGUUGAGCAAAAUAAAAAGCUCCGGCAAGAACUGGAGCUUUUGAGGCGUGCGUCCAACAGAAGCGGCGGUGGUAUACCCUUUAUGUAUGUAGUUAUUGUUGGCUUGGUUGGCAUGAUUUUGGGUUACCUAUUGAAGAGAACAUGACUUGUGAUUUCAAGAUUCAACAGAAUGAUCAAAAUUGUAGAAAGCAAUAAGAAGCAAAAUGUGUGAUAUGUAAAAACCAAUUAUACUGUCAUGUUUUGUGUUGUAUUGUUCCUAGAAAUUUGCAAUGUGUGAUGAGAAAAUAGGUAUACUCUAUAAGAACUAUACUAGCAAUCAUAGAUAAUAGAUAGAUUGAUGAAAUCUAUAUCAUGGAAACUGUUGUUAUUUGA